CUUACAACAGCAAGUACGCUUAGCUAACAAUGUCCCAACUAUGUCGUCUUAUGUCCAAAUGCUUUGCGACUAAAAUGUUGGCUCUAGCUUAUUGUGAGCUCAGCAAACGGUAACUUGGACAGUAAUACGUGGAUUUAUGUGCUGAUUCCCCCUGACCGAGCAAAGACCAGUUCCCUUUUCUACACCAGGAGUGUUAAGAUGCCAGGAUCAGCCCCAAGCAGUUGCUUAGGACCAUGGCCCAAAGACGUAGGUAUCGUUGCCAUGGAGCUGUACUUCCCGUCCCAGUAUGUGGACCAGGCCGAGCUGGAGCAGUUAGACGGUGUAUCGGCCGGGAAAUACACCGUGGGCCUCGGGCAAGCGCGCAUGGGCUUCUGCUCCGAUCGGGAGGACAUCAACUCUUUGUGCCUGACGGUGGUCCAGCGGUUGAUGGAGCGGAAUGGUCUGUCCUAUGACAGCGUGGGUCGACUCGAGGUCGGCACAGAGACCAUCAUUGACAAGUCCAAGUCUGUCAAAACCGUCCUCAUGCAGCUGUUUGAGGAUUCUGGCAAUACAGAUGUGGAGGGCAUUGACACCACAAACGCCUGCUACGGGGGUACGGCGGCGCUCUUCAAUGCUGUCAACUGGGUCGAGUCCAGCUCAUGGGACGGGCGCUAUGCUGUGGUUGUUGCGGGGGACAUUGCUGUGUAUGCCACGGGAGGGGCCCGGCCGACGGGGGGUGCUGGUGCAGUGGCCAUGCUGAUCGGCCCUAAUGCUCCUCUGGCGUUUGAACGGGGUCUGCGUGGAACCCACAUGCAGCAUGCCUAUGACUUCUACAAGCCUGACCUGAUGUCCGAGUAUCCUGUGGUCGAUGGAAAGCUGUCAAUAGAGUGCUACCUGAGUGCUUUGGACCGCUGUUACACUGUGUAUCGCAACAAGAUCCACGCACAGUGGCAGAGAGAGGGUUCAGAGAAGCGCUUCAGCCUGGACGACUUUGGCCAUCUAGUCUUCCACUCUCCGUACUGCAAGCUGGUCCAGAAGUCGUUUGCUAGACUGAUGCUGAAUGACUUUCUAACCCACCCCAGCCCCAACACUGAGACGGGACCCUUCGCAGGCCUCGAUGCCUUCAGAGAUGUACGACCAGAAGAGACCUACUUUGACCGGGAUGUGGAGAAGGCCUUUAUGAAGGCCAGUGCAGAUCUGUUUGAGAGGAAGACCAAGCCCUCCCUGCUGAUCUCUAACCAGAACGGAAACAUGUACACGCCCUCCGUCUACGGCUGCCUGGCAUCGCUCUUUGCAGAACACACGUCUUCAGAGCUGGCAGGACAGCGGAUCGGCGUCUUCUCCUACGGUUCUGGAUUUGCUGCUACUCUGUAUUCUCUCAGAGUCACACAGGACCACACACCUGGAUCUGUUCUGGAGAAACUUGUGUCCAGCCUGAGCGACCUGAAGGUCAGACUGGACUCGAGGCAGAAGGUCUCGCCUGCCGUCUUCUCGGAGAACAUGAAGCUAAGAGAAGACACGCACCACCUCGCCAGCUACGUACCUCGAUGCCCAGUGGAGGACCUUUUCCCAGGGACCUGGUACCUGACAAGAAUAGAUGACAAGCACCGCAGGGAAUAUGGCAGGAGACCUUUGAACCAGGACCUGUCUUCAGAGCCAGAAGUGGUUCGCUCCAGCACUGCCACCGAGCAUGGCCCCAGUCCAGCCAAGAAGAUUCCUCGCAUCCCUGCAGCAGCCGGCGGCCCGCAGGCUGCUGUCGGCAACUGAGCCCUCUGCUUACCUCUGAGAGGUAUCAAGGGAACUCUAACAAGUAGACCGCAGGGGAAGAGGGUGUCCCCUCGGAAGACACUAGAAAAACUAAAUUAGGUUGGAGCAGUGCGGACAGCUUCCAUCACCCUCGUCUGACAGUAAGCUCCAGAAUUGACCACAGUCUGUUUUGAUCACAGUAAUCAUGUUUUAGCAGUCUUUUAUUUCAACGUUAACAUUUGUACAUAUUUUCCUUAUGCAUUUGUGCAAAAUGGACGGUUUAUAUUUGGAAGAAGCACACGCAGAUGUUGGAUUAAACAAGCAGGCUUCCUACUGGCAGCUGGCAGCCAGUGAGAGGAAGAGAAAAUGGACAUAAUGAAUGUGGUUGCAGGCUUCCUGCUGACUAAACCGUCAAAGGGAAGUGUGCCUCAACUGUGCUAAUGUAUCGAAAAAAUGCUGACAUGUCACCUCGUACCCCACUGUGCUAUUCAUGUUCAAUACCUUUGUUUACUAGUUCUCUGCACGUCCAUCGUGUGACCACACAUCAGGACUCGCCCAGAGAGCUUCACAGGGUGGUGUCUCUCUUCCACCAUUGGUGCUGUAGCUGAUGUCGCGUAGGAAGCAUUAAGACCGUAACCCUGUUGAAGUGUGAGGCGUGUCCCAUGUUGCACCAAGUGCUUUCAUUUAUUUCCAUGAAAAGUGUAACUGCUGCUGUUCAACUUUCCAAAGUCAUUCGCUCUGAUUGUUUUCAAAGUCUCAAAAGAGACGGCUUGAGGAGAAGUAUGGCAACAUUUGUCAUGAUGUAUAUUGUAACUAUUAAAUGAACAAAUGGUUGAUAAAUCAUUACUUUUAUGAAAAAUGUCA